AUGUUGAAUGAAAGUAGAUGCCAAGUGAAGGCAAAAAAUUAUGAAUUUAUGACUUUAAACAAAGUUAAAGGAAGGGUUGAGCUUAAACUCUUCCUGGGGUUGAAAUUUUUUUCUAUGAUUGUUCCGCAGAUUGUAUCGUUCUACAAUUUUCCUGUAAAAACAACAAAACCAUCAACUCAUUCACAGCCAAAAAAGUGA